AAGGCUCCAAGACACAAUAGGCCGAAAGCAGACAAGACGGUUCGGAUGGGUGCCCGCCGCAUGGAUGUGCUGAACAUAAAUUCGUGGGCCAUCAGCUCGACCAGUGACGUGUACACGAGAAUUCCGGCCGAGAUAGAAUCAAAUAUACCGUUGACAAUGAGUGUUGUGCGGCCCUCCGGAGGGUAGGAAUUGCGCACACCCAGGCCAAUGGCGAUGGCAAUGGGUGUCGAUAGGCCAAAGGCGAUCGCCAGGAGGUAAGGGGUGUGUCUCUUUGAGUUGGGCCAUGGGAUAGUGGCGAGCCGAGAACCAAGGCCGAGACCCUCGAAGGUCUGGUGGAAUGAAAGCACAAUAAAUAGUGUUUUAAACUCUUGUCCAGCAACGGCAAGGGUGAGUCCUAUGAAAAUUGAGUGGAAGAUGAUGCCGAAUUCCAGGAUGAAGACAGAAGUUAGCUGUGCGCUAUAAUCUUCUAGUAACGCCAUAUGAGAGGCCUCGACAACAUCAGAGCCGCCGUCCGAUGGAUGAUCCUGGGAGUGUCCAAGGUGAUCGUGGUUAUGGUUGUGGUUGUCUGAGCCGUUAGCCGACUUAGGCUCGGCAGUGACAACGCCUGUUUCAACCUGGCGUUCCGGUUUCGGGUGGUCAUGGUCAUGGCCGAAACGUGCAUAUCUGAUGACCAUCAGCUCAACAAAGAAGAGGAUGAUGAUGGUCAUGAGCAAGAUGCCUUCGACCCAGGGGUAUUCUUUGAUGGGGCCGGUUAAGCAAGGGUGGGAGAGUGCUUCGUGUGCGGGAGCCAUAAGGUGGAUGAAGGACGUGGCAAUGAUGACACCAGAGCCAAAGAAUUUGGCGACGAAGAACACCCAUGAAGGAACCUUGGAUUUUGAGGGUGAGUUGGGGUCACGCCUAGCAAAGACAGGUAGAAUAGCACCGGCCGAGGAGCCAACAAGCAUGAUGAAAAUGGCAACAAUGCGGAGAUUGAGCUGACCAUUGUAGUCGUUGCCGUUGUUGCAGGCUACAAAGGUGGCAUCCCCUUCGCCACCAUACCGCCUCGAGAGAGUAGCAGAUACUAACUGGUCCAUGAUAUUAUAUUACCAGCUGAAGGAAUUGGGGAUAAAGUAGAAGUUGGUGUGCGCUCUGAGGGGGAAGGAAAUAAAACUAUUGAAACUGCUCGGAUCGAAUGAGGUGGGUGAGAAAGGAGGUGAUUUAUAUGUCCAACAGCCAGUUGGGAGCCAAAUAAAAAGGAAAGUUAGCCCUCCAACACAACCGGCCCAAAAUCAACGAGACUUCUGAAUUAGACGAGAAUUCGUUCGAUGGAGGGCAGAGGCCGGAAAAAGCAAAGGCAGGGUUGACAAUAUUGACGGACUCGUGGCACUUGCACUUGAACAAGGUUGGCUGCAGGUAUGGUAUAUUUCCGGACGGCUCAGAAAGCAACCAAUUGAGGGUAUGUGCUCGCAAGGUCGGUACACUCAAAAGUGUAUAUAUAGCUUCCGGCAACCAGU